AUGCGGACUGCCUUCUUCCUCGCCGCUCUCUCGGCCGUCGCCCCCUUCCUCGUCUUGUCAGCGCCGGUCGCUUCCAACGAGGGUACUGCUCUCCGCCAACUUCAGAAGCGCACAGACUCGAACAGCAAUGCCGUCACUUCGAGCGGCGUCAAGUCGUUCAAGGGCGACAACACGAACUCGAUCGCGUCAUGGUACAGGACGAACGACCCGGCCGACCACACCAACGGCGGGUCGUGGUGCUACACACAGUACACCGACAGCACACCUGGAUUCGCCAUCUCGCGCCAGCAGAUGAUCAACGACUUCAACGGCGACGAGAUGGCCGCCCGCAAGGCGUACUGCGGUCUCGAGGCUGUCGUGACUACGCCCGAGGGCCGCUCUGAGACGCUCUACAUCGCCGACGCCUUCGACGACCAAUACGUCCGCACUCCUACCUCUAUCGACGUCAUCAAGGGCGCUUUCGCCAAGCUCUACGGCAGCGACACGAACAACAAGGACGAUGUCAUCCAAGGCGUCCAGUGGCAGUUCACGGGCGAGCGCUCCUCGCAAUGGAGCUUCGGCGGGUCCGGCUCCGCCUAA